GGGCUGAUGCCACCACCUCAAGUAGAGACCAACAGAAUUUUUUUUUUUUAAAUGAGUAAGAGCUUUGCCCAUCCUAAAAUAUUGAUUAAGAAACCCAAACCCAAUAUCGAUCUCGAGGACUGGAAUAUGGACAAGGAUUGUGUUGUUACCUGGGUGUUUUAAAGUCCAGGACCAUGUCUGGGGAGCUCCCACCAAACAUCAACAUCAGAGAGCCUCGAUGGGAUCAGAGCACCUUUGUGGGACGCGCCAAUCAUUUCUUCACUGUGACGGAUCCCAGGAAUCUCCUGCUCACCAACGAACAACUAGAGAACGCCAGAAAAAUCGUGCAUGAUUACAGACAGGGAAUUAUUUCUCCGGGUCUUACGGAAAACGAACUGUGGAGAGCGAAGUACAUCUAUGACUCAGCUUUUCAUCCUGACACUGGUGAAAAGAUGGUUUUGAUAGGACGGAUGUCCGCUCAGGUCCCCAUGAACAUGACCAUCACAGGUUGCAUGAUGACAUUUUACAGGACUACUCCGGCGGUGCUGUUCUGGCAGUGGGUCAACCAGUCCUUCAAUGCCGUGGUCAAUUACACCAACAGGAGUGGAGACGCACCCCUCACUGUCAAUGAGCUGGGGACAGCUUACGUGUCUGCGACCACUGGCGCCGUGGCCACUGCUCUGGGACUCAACGCAUUGACCAAGCACGUGUCGCCACUCAUAGGACGGUUCGUGCCCUUUGCCGCGGUAGCUGCUGCUAACUGCAUUAACAUCCCGCUGAUGAGGCAGAGGGAACUCAAAGUUGGCAUUCCCGUCACAGAUGAAAAUGGGACCCGCUUGGGCGAGUCGGCACAGGCUGCGAAACAAGCCAUCGCACAGGUGGUCGUCUCCAGGAUUCUCAUGGCCGCCCCUGGCAUGGCCAUCCCUCCGUUCAUCAUGAACACCUUGGAAAAGAAAGCCUUUCUAAAGAGGUUCCCGUGGAUGAGUGCGCCCAUUCAAGUCGGAUUGGUUGGCUUCUGUCUGGUGUUCGCUACGCCCCUGUGCUGUGCUCUGUUUCCCCAGAACAGCUCCAUGUCUGUGACAAGCCUGGAGGCUGAGCUGCAAGCCAAGAUCCGAGAGAGCCACCCUGAGUUACGACGAGUGUACUUCAACAAGGGGCUGUGAUGCAGGGAGAGACCCCUCCGCCACAGCCCGCCCAGCCUGGGGGCCUUGGUGAGGAGGUCCUGUUCCCCCGGCUCCCCCAGGCACAGGACCGCUCGAGACCCACGUUCGCCUUCAGAGUCCAGCUGCCACGUACCGCACAGCACUGGGGGCGGGCCAGGCGCCCACACCGGUGGCCCUCUCACCCCGAGUCCUGCCACAUGGACAGAAACAGCCUUCCUGUAGCUUUUAUAGUCAUUGCUCAGAGAGCACCCUGCCCUCACCUCGAUUUUUAAACAGCACUGUUAGGCACCGAGCAGCUGUCCAGAAUGUGCUCAAGGAACUGACGAGCAGUCCGUGAAAAGGAAUCUGGGUAAUAUGUUGCAUUUUUAUCCCACUCUUGUUUCAAAACAGGGCCAUCUAGGUAGUGAUUUGGGAAAACACGGGAGCGCUGAGGCUAAGCUAUAAGAAACGACUCGUACAUAUUAAGGGCCGUUGGCCUCCAGUUUGGGCAGCGGCAGCCCAAAGCAGACGACGAGUCCUGGGGGCUCGUGGGGUGAGACCUUCACAUACCUCCCGAGAGUCACACACAGACGCGCGUGGCGAGCCAGCCCUGCCCUCGAGCUGUGUGCUCCCGGCUGGCUCUUAAAUGUACUCUGUUGUACCCUCUUACACAAACGUUAUUCCUGUUGACUUGAUACUCAGUUAUUUACAUCAGAUAAUCAGAUAACUAAAAUGCACGAAUGUCAGGUUUAGGACGUUACUCAGUACUGGUGCUGGUGUAUGACUGGGUGGACUCUGAUUUGUCUGACAGUUUUCAGAAGUGAGAUUACAGCUCCAGCCCCCACAUGUCUUUUCUUGUCCUCAUAGCUCUCAUUGGCUUUCCGAAAGAACAGACAUAAUGUGUAUGAACCGUGACUGAAUGAAUUUUACUUGAAGGUUGUGUAUUACAUUCCAUCCUGUUUGGAAAUAAGGACUCCUUGGACCACUGUUUACAUCAUCUGUAGUAGUUUCACAUUUAAUAUACUUCACGCGACAGAGAUUGUGUUUCCGUCCGUCGAUGUUCAAAGGCGCAGGCAAGGUGGUUGUGCCCUUGCUUGUAGACUGCUCGAUUUCCAUUGUGAUUCUGAGAUGCGUAAGUGGGAAAAUGUAGAAACUAGUCUUGGCAGGUUUCCCCUGACAAUGUGACCACGCUGAUUUCCUUGUAAGGAGAAUGGUGUGCCUCGUGUCUCUGCAGGGCGGGUGGGUCUGAGCUCUGGGCCUUACCUUACGCCACCAAAAUGUUCCCAUUUCGGUUUCCUGUCUUAAACCCUAUGAAGCGAGAGAAGUUCCCCAUGACACAUUCUGGCCUUGCCUGGGUUCGUUGCCACAGAUGCUUCUGUUUAAAAAGUAGAAGCCUGAAGUUCAAGGCAGAUCUUCAGGGGGUGCUUCAAGGGUGCUUUUAACAAGAACCCAGAGCACGUGGAGCCCCUCUCACCCGCCCGAGCUAAUUGCAGAAUUCUCACCCAGGUCACUGGGGGCUCCAUUUCAGAAUCCUUGCCUUUGCUGAAAAAUUAAUAGCUGGGAAGAAGGUUGAUGAACUAAAAUUUUUAGACACUGGGGAAGACGUGAUCUAAGCAUCGUUAUAAAAGGGAUAAUGAGCCUGGCUGGUGUGGCUCAGCAGUUGAGCGUUGACCCAUGCACCAACAGGCUGCCGGUUCG